AUGGGCAGUAAUAUCGGUCCGCUAACGACGACAUUUGUUCCACCAACUCCUUGCGCUUCGGAGGCUUCCCGUAUAUAUCAGGUACCCGAUGACGACUUGAAAUUCUGGGCUCAAGGGCCUGUAGAUCUUGGAAGCUGUUGGCCCAGCGGGUAUUUAACAUCAAAUGCUCUAUAUUACUCUCCCGGACUCUGCCCUAGCGGUUACCGACCAGCUUGCAACGCUUCGAAUGUAAUCGGAGCUUCCACAGAGACGAUCCAGACAUGCUGUCCAACAGCAAUGCCCUACACCUUAGUUCAGAAUAUCACGGGUAUUACGGGGGCUAUAAAUGCGCUCGGUAUCCAAGUGAGGUUUCAGUCUACUGAUUUCCGAACAUCCACGACUGCCCAACUUACAUCUCACACAACUGAUAUCACCUCCAGCAUCCCGACUAGUUCCCAAUACGCCAACCGAAAUGGCCUCAGCCAAAGCGCAAAAGUUGGGAUCGGCGUUGGUGUUUCUCUCGGGGUCCUGGCGUUGCUGCUUGCCAUCGCGUUGAUAUAUGUCAAGAAGAAGAGGAGGAUAAAGGCUACGAGCCACGAGAUACAUGAGCUACACGCGCAACCUAAACAUCCGAUCGAGAUGGGCGGAGGAGAUGCGGCCACGCACCAGGGGUUCUAUUCCCAGACACCCAAUUCCGCGCACGCAAGAGAUAUGCACAUGCCUGUACCACAAAGCUCGCCGGUAGAGGUGGAAGAUACGUCGACAUUUUCUCAUCACUAG